UUUCUGUCGUCAAUCGAUCCUGUUGCGACAGCUGAUGCUGUUUGUGAUCUCGACCCGUCUUCUACUUUGGUUAUAAGUAUUGCACUACAAGGUAACGAAGAAACAGGAUUGGCUACCAAAACUAUCAAAUCGUGGCUACUGAAGGCUUUGACAAGCAGUAACCUGCUGGGGAAGCACAUGCUGCUUGUUACUGGAAAUGACCAGAUUGCUGCUGUGAUUAACAAACCUGAGAGCGUUUUCCUUGUUCCUGAUAAUACUCGAUGUGAAGCCUUUACUACUUUCACUGCAGUAAGCCUAUUGCCGCUUUCUGUUAUUUUUGGUUGGCCCAUUGUGUUGGAAUUUCUUUCCGGAGCGCACGACCUGGAUGUGCACUUUAUUGAAACGAAUCCACGGCACAAUCUACCCGUACUUUUGGCACUAACGGACACAUGGAACGAUGUAUUUCUAAGAGCGCAUGCUCGUACUGUGACACCCUUUACCGAGGCGUUCGCGCAUUUUCCAAGAUUCGCUGCAGCGCUGGAAGCGCAAGCUUGCGGGAGUCCAGUUGACCGUCACAAC